GGAUUGGCUGUUGAUCCCGGAUUGGCUGUUGAUCCCGGGUCGGCUGUUGAUCUCGGGUCGGCUGUUGAUCUCGGGUCGGCUGUUGAUCUCGGGUCGGCUGUUGAUCCCGGAAUUGGCUGUUGAUCCCGGAUUGGCUGUUGAUCCAGGGUCGGCUGUUGAUCCCAGAUCGGCUGUUGAUCUCAGAUCAAAGUGAAGUUUGUGCCCUGCUUGUUUCUGACUGUGAGCUUAUACGAGGACAUCUCUCUCUCUUCUCCCAGUUUCUGCACCUCACCACAUUCCUCCAAAUGUGAUGAAACUGUAAUUCUACUCAGUGUCACAACUAUUUCCCUCUUCUGUUCCUUGUCUCUCUCUUCCCUUUCUGGUCUCUUCCUCUCUUCUUUUUCGUCAGGUGGCCUCCAGUCUGUGUGGCCCCCAUGUGACGGCCAUGCCCCACCUGCGUGAUGCCCAGAUGUUCCGUCCUCUCUGCGUUAUCGGGAAGCGUGUGGAGCGAUCGCUGCGUGUGCGUAAGGUCCGCUCCCUGUUCCCCCUAGGGCCCUUGAAGGACCUGUUAGAUGACCCGGCCGGUUCCCCAGAGGUCUCCCUGAAGACUGAGGGGCCCGUGCGCUGCGACUUCCUGCACGAGGAGUUCCUGGAUGCCGUGGGGAGGGUCCGUGUGCAGGUCAGCAACCUGAGGAAGGAGGCGGCAAUAUGUCCCUUGGCUCCACACAGACAGCUGUCCCUCAGGGACAACCUGCCCUGGCUGGACUCUGUACACCGCCUCUACCUGGUGAGUGAGGUGUACUGCAGCUCUGAUGCCAAACUGCGUGUGCUGGGGAUGGAGAGGAGGACAGAGCUGAGGCUGGGGCCCAACACCCCUCUGGCCUUCUCCUGCCUCAGGCUCUCUGUCUCUCCCUCGGGCCUGGUGGAGGUGUGUGAUGGCUGGGAGGGCAGCUACCUACACCCCAAGGCCAGGUGGGCCAAGUUCGACUCCCCGGACUAUGCGUCUCUGGUAGCAGGUAGACCGGUGUCGGAGCCCAAGAUGAUGGGCCUGCUCUCCCAGUUUGCGUUCAACUUCUCCCACCCCUCCAUAAUCUCCCUGUCCAGCUCGGCCCUCCACCUGCAGGACACAUCCCCCAGCAAGGACCUGCACCGCAAGGUGACAGACUACCAGGAGGCGCAGGAGAUCUCCAGCGAGGCCCUGCUGCCCCUGGAGGAGGAAGAGGAGGAGGGAAGCUGAGGGAGGAAGGGAGGAAGGGGGGGUUGAUAGGUAGAGGGGGAGAGGGGGAAGAGAGGAGUGUGAGGAAAGGACAUUGGUGUCUCAGGGUUAAAAGCCAAUUAAAUGAAAUUGACAGAUGAGCAAUGCCUGAUUCCAUCCUCAGUUUAUUAUAAUACACCACAGACACAGAUAUUGGUAAUCUACGACAACCUUUCCAGUUAUCUAGUCACACAGAGAAAAGGUUAUUGUGAUUCCAAGAGAGUGAGUCAAUUUAUUGUUGAACUAGGCAUUUUUAUUCAUUGCAGCGUGUCUGUAAAGUCCUUGAUCUUAGGGACUUAAAUAUACAGCAGUCCUUGAUCUUGGUGACAGAGAGAGAGAAAGAGGAGAGGGACAGAGAGAGAGAAAGAGGAGAGGGACAGAGAGAGAGAAAGAG